CUUUCUGUUUAUUUUUUGAUAUCUUGGGCUAACAUAGCUAUGAACACCAUUUCUUGCCUUAUCAAAUGUUGGUAGAUUGUUUUACUGGUGUCCUUUUGGAUUUUCCUACUGGUCUUAGCUCCAGAUGUAGUUGGUCAUGCUAAUCUUGUCACAUCCAUUGCCAUCCUGGCCAUCAUCAUGAAGUUGACUUGGAUCAUCCUGCACUGACAUUGAGCAUGAUGAUCAUGUCAAUGUCUGUUACAGAAAGGAUUUAAGUUGUGUUUGUCCAAGUUACAUGUUCAAUUAAUUUGAUAUUAAUGGAAGGAUGAGAGCUAUCCUGAUAGACUGGCUGAUAGAAGUUCACUAUAAAUUUAAGCUCAUGGAUGAGAUGUAUCUGACUGUGAACAUAAUAGACUGGUUCUUAGCUCGGCAAACUGUGGUUAGGAAGAAGGUUCAGUUGGUUGGGGUUACAGCCAUGCUUCUUGCAUGCAAAUAUGAGGAAAUAUCAGUUCCUAUUGUGGAGGACUUUAUUUUGAUCUUUGAUAGGGCUUAUACUAGAUCAGAAGUUCUUGAAAUGGAGAAAUUAAUUGUUAGCACUUUGCAAUUCAAUAUGUCUGUACCCACUCCAUAUCCUUUUAUGAGGAGGUUCCUGCAAGCAGCGGAGUUUGACAAGAAGCUGGAGCUCCUUUCAUUUUUCGUCAUAGAUUUAUGUCUUGUCGAGUAUCAAAUGCUUAAGUUUCGUCCUUCGCUGUUGGCUGCCGCUGCCAUUUAUACAGCUCAGUGUACUCUCAGAGGAUUCAGACAUUGGACGAGGACUAGUGAGCUGCAUAUUACUUACUCAGAGGAGCAACUUAUAGAGUGUUCGAGAUUAAUGGUUGAUUUUCAUCAGAAAGCAGAGAGUGGAAAGCUCACAGGGGUACACAGAAAAUACAGUACACUAAAGUUUGGUUGCACAGCAAAAUCUGAUCCAACUCUCUUUCUACUGGAAAACUAGGAACUAGGCACUAGUUUGGAAUAUUUUGACAUCUUAUGCUAAUUUGAUUUUCUUGACAUCUCAUCAAAGCCAUGCGACUGAAGUUGAGGAAGUUGCUGUGGAUAAUCCUUGGUGUGUUUCAUAUGAUAAUUUGGUGUUUGAUUAAGUCACUUGAACUACCAUUUCCAAGAGACCAAGUUAAUAAAUUUGCCUUUCGCUCGUA